UCAUCUAACUUAGGCCCUGCUGCCUGUGCCUAUGCCUGCCUUAGGCCAUUCUCUUUCCAAAAUUCAAUGAUUUCAUUUCAUUUCUCAUUUAUUAUUUCUAUUUGUAUUGUAUUCACAAAACAAGUGAAAAAGAAUAACAACUAACAAGUGCCUUAAGUUUUAUUUUUUACUCUCAUCUUCUAAAGCAAUAUUAAUAUGUAAAACUUGGAUCACAAAAUUGCAUAGCAGUUAGAUUAUUUAUGACGCAUUUCUUUUAAUAAAUAAUUGAAUUCCUAUUAUUCAAUGCUCCAAUGAAUUUGUUUGUAUCUUUUAAAAAGCUCCGAAUUAACAUGAACGAAAGAUAAUGCUGCACAAGUUCCACUGAAAACAAAGUUUCUACAAAUAAAUACUGGUUUACUUAUGCAAGUGCUAUUUUAUUUUUUAUUAAAUAUUAAAAGAUCGACUCUGUGAUAAAAAGGUGAAAGCUGUAGUGAAAAUCGAAAUCAAUUAAAAUAUACUCGAAAAAAAAGAGAAAACAAAAGCAAUACAAAAAUAACAAAAAUUCUUUAUAUAACGAAAUCAUGGCAACUCUAAAUAGAACCGCAAGUAUUUUAGAUGAAAAUGUUGAAGAAAUGUCCGUCCUCACCAUUCACGAUGGUGAUGGAUGUGGUGGUGGGGUUGUUGAAGAACAAAUCACAUCAUCCAAAGUACAACAUCUCCUCUCGGCCGUGGAGGAGAAGAGCUUAGACGUAAACACCGAUGUACCCGAUAAUAUCAUUGAAAACUCUACCGGUCGCAAUAUAGAAGAACUGUACGGUGAGAUCCUAUUUGAAACAUUGAACAACAUUGGAUGCCCGAACUCUCAAGAAACAUGCCCUGAAUCUCUGUUGGAUUUUAUUCGUGAUGCAUUUAAAGUAUCACAAUCGAAACACGACGAAUUGUAUGAGAUUGCCAAUGGCAAGGAACCGCCCAAGGUCCGUUUGAAUGUCGAGAUAAUCAAAGCUGAGAAUUUAAUGCCAAAAGAUUACAAUGGGAUGUCGGAUCCGUUUGUGACAUUGUACAUCGAAUCGAAUGCUGUUCAUCGAUACAACACGUCCGUGAAGCCAAUGACACUGAAUCCAGUUUGGAAUGAGUACUUUUCGCUGCCGAUUCCCGAUGAUCCAAGCCAAGAAACUCUGGUAGUAGAGGUGUGGGACUUCGAUGCAGCCGAGACUGUCGGUAAGAAAAUGAAUAAGUUCUUCGAAGUCAAGGGUGUGAAGGGCCUGCGUAAAUUUAUGAAGGAAAUUGCCUAUUCAGCAGCAACGACGGUCAAAGACGAUAAUGAGUUGAUUGGCAGGUCAGUGAUUCCGUUGAACUCAAUUCCCGCUUCGGGCAUGAGAGUGUGGUAUCAUCUAGAGAAAGGAACGCGCUCAUCACGCACCAGAGGCUCGGUUCUAAUGCAUUUGUGUUUCAGUGCCGAGAAGGAUAGUCGGGUAGCAGCUCAGGAACAUCGCAACUUGUUGAGAAUUCUACUCAUGCACGAAUUGGAGAGUUCCACACUGGAACCGUAUCUCUGGAGCGGAAAGUACGAAACACAAGCCGAAGCAAUCAUCACUCAGCAUUACAUUCAGAGCGGCCUGUCCGAGGUCGAUUUGGCGUUGUGUCAAUGGGAUGCAUACACUAAUGUCCACGAACAUCAUCCGCUGUCGUUUAGUCUAUUUAAUACGAUUCUGCACAAAGUCAUCGAAACAUUGCCCACCUAUUCGGCAGACAGUGAUUUUGUGAAGACCUUCUGGGAGGCUUCGAGGAGAAUUCUUCCAUCGUGCUUCUAUAUAAUUCGAAAGAUUCGUCAAGAGACUUUCACCCAGAAGCUCGGCGUGAAUAUGCUCUGCGAUGUGUUGGAGAUCUUGCAAAUAUUCGACCUCCUGACUGUACCAAUCGAUGUGGAUCUGUUCCCACGAUCCACCUACGGAUGGCUCGGCAAGAGAAAUGAAGAUGACGAUGCCAGAUUAGACGUCAAACUGGUCCUCACUGAGGCCAUCCGAAUUGGGGCCAGAGACUGGGUGAACACGAUCAAGGAGACUUGUGAAUUCGAGAACGAAAAUCCGGUCCAGCAGCUCAACAAAUUAGUCCAGUUGAUGCGUUUCGAUGUGCAGCGUGCCAUUGAGUUCCAUCACAAACACUUCUUCCAGACAAUGAAGUUGAAAUACGCCAAAAUACUCUACGUAUUCUACCAGGAGAAUAUCGUUGAAUUCUGCAAGCCUGUGGUCAUCGAUGCUUGUGACAAUCUCGUGCGGCUACCGGAGGCCGAUGUGGACAAUGUCGAGCAGUUCGAGAAUAUAGAUGAUUACACAAUGGGAACACAUCUGUUUGAGUUGUAUUUGAGCUUGAAGCGUUACAUUUCCCUCGGGACUGCUCUGUGCACAGCCGAGGAGCAAGGGGAACUUUUGGUCUACUAUGAAUGGUUCGCGCCAGCGGUGUCCCAUUGGCUGGAUAUUUCACUGCUGAAGGCACUUUCUCGAAUUAAAAAAGCCAUUGACCUGGACGAAUUUCAGGCUGUCGAUGGGAAUAUUCGUCAUAGCUCGUCCGCACUCGACACUCUUUCGAUUUUCUAUACCAUCAAAAUAUUUUGGGAGCAACUGGCCUGGCCCGAUAUCCAGGGAUCGUAUGCUUUUGUUGGGAAGAUAGUCGAUGAUGUGUGCAAGUGUUGCGCCUUCUACGCCACUCGCAUUACCAAGAGAAUAGCUGAGUUCACUGGAGUUGACCCAAUCGGGCCAGAAGAGUUCGAAGUCACCAAAGAAUGGUGCGUUGCCAUUUGCAACAUCGGCCACAUUCAGAAAAGUAUUCCAGCUUUUGUCAGGGACCUCGGAGUGGACGGAGUGCUCAAGAACUUGGGGGAGUCUCUGAGUUCGGUCGAGGCAGAUCGGUGUCGAGAAACGAUUCAUAAUGUCAUCGAGAACGCCCAGGACACCGUGCAGAACCGAAUAGCCGCUCUAAUAGCAGAGGUAGCUGCUAAAAUGAUCCCAGUGAUGCGGGGAUAUCUCUUCAAUGGCAUCGAUAGUUUGAACGAGGAGCUCAGCUCAGUUGAAGGACUGUUUAUGUACUUAGAGAAGUCCCUGGCCAUCCUUCACGCCGAGUUGGACGAGGAAACAUUUGAGAGGAUGAUCGACAGCAUCUGGCAGGGAUUCUCGGCUGUGUUCUAUGAAUUAGUGCAGGGCAACUUGGACAAACGCCGACCGCCGUCUUUCUUCGUGAACUUGCGCGAGGUCUUGAAUAUAAUGGCAUCGAGCUUCAAAUAUGAAGAUAAACCGUUUUCGGAGAUAACAACUGAGACACUGGCCAAUGUGCAGAAGCUGCUGGAGCUGCAUGCAUCCGAAACUGAUGUCCUCAUCCAUCAAUACUACAAGGAGCGCUUCGAACGACAAAAAGUCAAAGCUCAAUCGGUGUAUGGCCAAUUGACGGUAAAAGCUAUUUUCGCCGCAAAUAACGUACUCCAUGUGCAUGUGUUGAAUGCAAAGAAUCUCCUGCCCAUGGAUUCGAAUAACCUUUGCGAUUCCUUCGUCAAGAUGUAUUACAUACCUUUGGAUAGAUUUGGUGGCAUAGCGACUCAUAAAACUGGUGUACAAUCCAAGACGCUUUUUCCCCUCUACGAUGAAGAAUUCAAAGUGCAGCUAACGACAGAACAUCGCGAACAGGAGGACAAUAUGUUGGUAUUCAGUAUUAAGGAUCGUGACUUGUUUGGCAUGUCAAGUCAGUAUUUAGCAGAGUGUUAUUUAUCCUUUGCCGAUAUUAUAGAAGCCAAUGGUGAACAAAUAAGAUUGAACCUAUCCCGUCCGGAAUAUACUCCCGAUUCGGAUUGUAUUCGUGCCUUAGAGUGUAGACAGAUUUUCGAUAAGAAUGCACGUGAUUUUAUUAAGAAACUCAAACAAAGAGCAUAUUAGAUUAGAAAUAUAAGAAUGUAGAAAUUAGUGCUGUAGAAUUACAUAUAUUUUAUUUAUACUUUGUAUAUUUAUAUAAAUUUAUGCUCGUUUGUAGACAUAUCAUUAUUAUGCGUAUUUAUAUAUUUUUGUUUUGAUCAUUUAACAAAUAUUUAUAUUUAUUCUUUUAAAUUUUAACGAAAGCUAUUUUUAAGCUGAUAAAUUGGUUGUGCUUUACAGAAUCUCUUUAAUUAGAUUUUACUUACUCAAAAUAUUUUACGCUCAAAUUAUAUUCUGUGUUAAGCCUUAAAGUUGAGAUAUUUUUAUACAUUAUAAUAUUUUUUUUUGUUUUUUGACUAUGAAUAAAUUUAUAAAUAAUGUUAUAUAAAUGAUUUAUUAAUAAGGUAUCAUGUAAAACGAUAAGUGCAAGGAACAGCAAAAAUUGAAUCUCUUAUACAUCUGCAUCUUUACGGAUAGAAAACAUUAAACUCAACUAAAACAA